GCUGGAGCCGGGCUCUCUGCCCCCGUCAAGGGGACGGCAUCAUGUUGUGCUGGGAGGGUUCUCCUGCGUGGCUCCUCGAAUGGCUCCAUCCCCGCCUGGCGCUGGGGGACAGGCAUGGAUAACUUCGAGUACAGCAUCCAGCUGAACGACCGGGAAUGGGCUGAGUUCUUCCAGGCUUCCGAGGAGUGCAGCCUGGCGCCCGUCUCGCUGGCCACGGCCGAGGAGCAGUGUCUCAGUGACAUUGAGCAAGGGGAAGCUUCGGGACGGGACGGCGAGGUCGCCUCCAGGGCGGGCAGCGAGCCAGGUCCUGGCAGGGCCAGCGCUGCCCCACGUGGGGCCGGCACCGCCCCGCGGCUCUGCCCGGAGCGUGGGCACCGCUCCGAGCCCGAGCUGCUCCCGGACAGCGGCGGCGAAGCGGAGCCGGGCUGUGCGGGCGCGAUCCCCGGUGCCAGGGCCGAGGCCGGGUGCCUGGCAGGCUCUGCCAUGCCCAGCGCCCAGCGGAGGCAGCCGCCCCCCGGCCCGGCCGGUGCCUCGGCUCCGGGCGGCCCCGGGCAGGGAGCGGCCCCCAGCAGCCGGGUCCCGGAGCCCGAGCAGGGCGGGGAUGCAGCAGCGGGACGAGCCCCGGUGGCACAGCCGGCGGCGCUGGCGCAGCCGGAGGCUCCGGCAGCCUGUGCCUCCGCCGAGGGAUCGGCCGAGAAAAGCGCUGCCCCCUCGGAGCCCGGGCUGCGGGGACCCGCGGGGGACCCCCCGAGCCCGGCCCUGGGGACGGUGCCCGGGGCGGGCACGGAGCCGAGCUCUCCGGGCGGAUCCCCCAGCGUGGUGAGGCCGAAGGUGCCGGCGCAGCCGAGGAAGAGCCGCAGGCAGCGCGGAGCCACCGAGGGGGACAGGGACCCUGCGGCGGCCGCGGCACCGGGAGCCACUGGAGCCGGGAAGGCCCCUCCGGGCUCCCCGAUGUCCCCUCGGAAGGGCAAAGGGAAGGACAAGGCGGCAAAGGGAGCGCUGGUGAGGCUGGGCAGCGAAGAGGCUGCGGAGAACAAGCGGCCGGUGCCCGGUGUGGAUGGCGGCGAUCCCGGGGCUGCUCCCCCGAAGCAGAAGGGCAAGGAGCCGGGCCUGCAGUCCCCAGGGAAGGCAAAGGCCACCAAGCACCCAAAGGCAGGGCAGGCCGGUGGCUUGGGCGUACGUGACAGUGUGCCAGUGGUCCCUGGUGAUGGAGCCGCGGCUCCUGCAGCAGAGGCGUGCCAGGAGAUGCCAGGGAAACCUCUCCAGCCCUGGAGCUCGGCAGCGUUUGGAGGGAAUGAUGCUGAGGGGGCUGGGGGGAAACCUGCAGCUGAGAUCCCUGGAAUUCCUGCAGCUGAGAUCCCUGCAGUUAUCCCCAGGAAGCCCUCAAAGGUCCCUGCAGUUCCUGCUGCUGAGAUCCCCAGGAAGCCCUCAAAGGUCCCUGCAGUUCCUGCAGCUGAGAUUCCCAGGAAGCCCUCAAAGGUCCCUGCAGUUCCUGCAGCUGAGAUUCCCAGGAAACCCUCAGAGAUCCCUGAGGUUCCUGCAGCUGGGAUCCCAUGGGAGCCUGUGGCUGUGAUUCCCAGGAAACCUGUAGCUGAAUUCCCUUGGGAGCCUGCAGUUGGCAUCCCCAGGAUUCCUGCAGCUGGGAUGCCCAGGAUCCCUACGGUGGGGAUCCCUUGGGAGCCUGCAACAGGGAUCCCCAGGAGUUCUGCAGUUGAGAUCCCCAGGAGUUCUGCAGUUGAGAUCCCCAGGAGUUCUGCAGUUGAGAUCCCCAGGAGUUCUGCAGUUGAGAUCCCCAGGAUCCCUGCAGCCGAGAUCCCCAGGAUUCCUGCCAUUGAGAUCCCGUGUGAGCCUGCAGCUGGGAUCCCCUCGAUUCCUGCAGCUGGGAUCCCUUGGGGAGCUGCAGCUGAGAUCCCCAGGGGGACGAGCCCCCUGUGCUUUGCUGAUGGAGCCUCUGGCAAGCCCAGCUCUCUGGAUGUGACCUGGCCCGAGAUGUACGAAUACCUGUUCUGCGAUUCCCAGGAGGAGGAGGAGGAGCUGGGCAGCUCCGUGGAGGGGCGCAAAUCGCCCUUGCAAAGGGAAAUCUCCUGGCCCGAACUGUACGAAUAUUUUUUCAAUGAACCCGAAGGAAGCAGGAAAAAAGGCAAAGCUAAAGACAGGAAAAGAAAGAAGCCCAGCCGCUUGGAUCGCCCUGGGCUGCAAAAGGAGGCUCCCAGCUCGGCUCCAGGCGAGGACACCGUGGUUAUCCCAGUCCCUGAUGUGUAUGAACACUGCUUCCCAGAGAGAGCCCACAACAGGAUGGGCUGGAGAGGGAUUUUCUCAGUGGCUCCGGCCUCCGAGGUGAAGAAAGCUGUGGGGGCUUUGAGGUCCCUGCUGCAAAGGCAAAUCCAGCUGGGAGGAGGCCAAGCCCCAACAUCCCAGGCCCUGGUGCCCAGAAGAUGCGGAGAGAAGCUCGCCCUGGUCCCGCUGGGAGGAGCCCAGGUGUGGCCAGAGGAUGCAGACACGGCCCUGGCACUGAGAGGAGCAGCAGAGGACCCACGGGUGCUGAGCCACAAGGACAUGUGCCUCGUCUUCUGCGCCUUCGCGUCCUGGGCGGUGAAGACAUCUGACCUGCAGGCUCCGGAUGCCUGGAAGACCACUCAGCUGAGGCAGCAUCUCCUGCACAGAGUCCUGCAGUUCCCUGGCGAUCUGUGGGAUCCUCUCCUCCCCAACCCCAGCACUUGGAAGCUGGUGGGGAGAGAGGAAGCUGAGGAAACACAAAUUCAUGGAAUCCCACAGGAGGGGGAUGGCUGCAUGAGCAGGGAACGGCUCAGGGAGAGCAGCAUUCCCAAUGGCCUGGAGAAGCCUUCCAGAGCAGCAUUCCUCAAUUCCUGCCCUGGAACACCCCUUCCAUGGGAAGAAAUGCCAGGAUCAAGGCUUCCCGCUGCUUUUCCAGGCGAGGAAUGUUCCCUGCGAAGGUCACCAGGAAGCUGACACCCCAGGCUGGGAAUAGCUGCUGAGCUAAGGCUGCUCAGUGCCGUCAUCACCAGCAGCUCCUGGCCUGUUCCCCUUGGCUGCUGAGUUUUUGGGAUGGAGGACGUGGCCCUGGGAAAGGUGUGGAAAGCGGGAUACGCUCCUCGUGCCCCGGGAUGGAAUAACCGGGAGAGGAGGGAGGCAGGAGCGGUUCCACAGCCCGGAGCAGUCGUUCUCUCUGGGCAUUUGGGCUUCUAACAAGCUGAAUUUGUAGUCCUCUACCACAUAAAUCAAAAUCCAGCCUGAAUUUAAAGCUUUGGAGUCCAAAAACACGGCUUGGAUUCCCAGUUUUGCUUGGGAAUCAAGGGCACUUAAACCAAAUCAAAAACAUUUGGGUGCAAGUACAGAGCAGAGCUUGAUUUGUGUUUCAUCCCCAUUCGUUAUUUCUUGUGUUCCUACAUUUUUUGAUUCAGAGUUUUGGAUAUUUUCUGCUUUUGGCUGGGACCAGAAAAUCCCCAGAAAAUCCCCAGAAUGAGAAUUUUCUUGGUGCCCUCCUGGUCCAAACAGAAGCAGGAGAUGAAGGUGCUGUCCUGAAAAUCCUGGUGGGAUUUUCCUAGUGUGUAUUUCUCAUCCAAGAUCAAAUCUCCAGCUGAACCUGUGGCUCCAACCAAUCCAUGAAAUCCCCAUCUGGAUCUGUGUAUCCACCCAAUCCAUGAAAUCUCCCUUUGGAUCUCUGUAUCCAACCACUGCACAUCACCUAUUGAGCAUUUCCCUUAAAAACAGCCAUUUUUAUGGAAUGCUGGUGUCUCCAUGUACCCAAACUCUGGGAUUUGAUGUGGCCAGUCAGGCUUUGGGCAGCUGGGAACAAAUUCCAUCGCGGAAUUGUGGAAUCCAAAUUGUGGUGGGAAUGAAAAUCAAAGGCAGGAGGGGACUGGGAGAGGGAGAGCAGCGACCCCCCCGUGUCCCACGGAGCAGUUUGGGACCCCCAGGGCUGGGAAAAGAUCACGGAGUCACCGUGGGAAUGUGUCGGGCU